AUGGCAUCUUGGGAGCAGCCAUCACCAAUGAUCAAGUUCGAGGACUCGCCUGCCGAGUCUUUUGUUUCCACACCUGGCGAAAUAUACCCAUCGCUAUUUGGCGACGCAAGCGUCGUCAAUGAUGAUACUCUCGAUCCCUCCGAUAUGAUGACACCGCCGCCCUUCAACGACGACGGUGGUCUUCCCGCAUCUACGGCUUCGACCCCGGCUCCGGACGGCGCAGGAUCAUCAUCUCCGGAUAAGAAGCAAACGAAGAAGCGGAAGUCAUGGGGCCAGGUUCUUCCUGAACCCAAGACAAAUCUUCCUCCUCGGAAACGCGCCAAGACAGAAGACGAAAAGGAACAACGCCGUGUUGAGCGGGUUCUUCGCAACCGUCGAGCCGCCCAAUCAUCCCGUGAGCGAAAGCGACUGGAGGUUGAGGCUUUGGAACGACGCAACAAAGAACUCGAGUCGGCUCUCCAGAACGUCACCAAAGCAAACCAGUUGCUGGUGGAUGAACUGAACAAGUUCCGUCGUGACUCUGGCAUGUUGACCCGUUCAACGUCUCCCAACGACCCCUUACACAAGAACUCUGUAACGUUGUCUCAAGAGCUCUUCAGCUCCCACGACGGCCACCGAGCUUCACUAGACGAGACUAAGUCCCUCGUCGACGACCUCAUGACCACAUCUCAACCCAACGCCACUGUCAAUCCCGCAUCGCUCUCUCCAGAACUCUUACCAACCGCUGAGGGUACUGAGGAGGGCGUGUCAUCUGUCGGAGGAGCUUCCGCAAUCAUGGCUGGCCUCUCAAACCCCUCUGCAUCCGACCUUGGUCUUCUUUCUGCAGCUUCAGACGCUACUAGUCACCUCAUCAGUGAUUCUUUCAGUUUGUCAGCGGCCCUUGACGCAGAUCGCUAUGUCCUUGAAAGCGGGCUUCUCUCUUCCCCCAACUCCCUCGAUUAUGAACACGAUUAUCUGGUUGGUGACUCUACCUUCCUCCAAGACCCGUUCGACAUCAACGAGUUCCUCCACGACGACGUCAACGGCGCAGCCGUCGCAGCGGACCCGGAAUUCGGCCGCGAUCUCACCCACUCUGAGACUCAAGUCUCUUCAGAGAAUCCUAACCUGCAGCCCCACUCUGGCGCGUCCGCUCAUGGAUGCGACGAUGGAGGCAUUGCGGUUGGUGUCUGA